UGGCUUGCGCACAGGUUACUGUACGCGUUUGCUCAGCUUUGCACAUACCACCACUGAACGGGAUCAAAGCAAAAUCCACUCUUCAAGGAUAACCUGUUAUCUAUGAGGAGCUGCUGGAAAGGAAUUCCAUCGCUAUUGACCCUGUAAACGUGUGACUCGCUACUAACACAAGUCAGUGCGAGCUUUGGUGGAGGCAAGACUUUCGCGUCGAUAGCGUUGUGGGGCAAAGGCCAAUUGAGGGAGAGAAGACGACCUUCGUAGCCCGACCUAAGCUUGCGAUAGGCGCUGAUGUGAGUGAGCUAACACCUGUCGUGUUGCGAGUAGACAACGAUCCAGGCUGGGAUUUGGGAAGCGUUACUGCGAGCCGCCUUCUUCUGUGGAAGAAGCGAGUGGUCCUUGUCCCGAAGCAGCCCUGGUGUUUGUGCACCCUUCAGACUGAAUGAUUUCCGUGGAAGUAUCAGCGCGAACAAGCCUACACAGAACCAUGUGAAUAUCAACAUACCAUAGUCAUCCAUCUCAACGACGGAGAGAAAGUGAAGCCUUUGUACCGACCAGGCUGCAGGCAAUAAUGGCGUGUCGCUAUGACGUCAGACCACCGUCAUUCUCGGUGAUGCUGGUACUGGGUGCGAUCGUCGUGCUCAUGAUCUUCCCCGUGCACGGUCAGACGGUGAUAACACCCGCACCAACUGUUUCCCGUGCACCUCUGAUCAGCACUGCUCCCGUGGCAACCGUUACACGUCCACCCCUGGCCAACGGGGCACCCGCAGUAACUGUGGCGCGUCCACCGCCAGUCAACAGGGCGCCAACAGUAACAGCUUCACGCCGACCGCUGAUGAGUAGCGCACCCGUAGUACCCACUGCACGUCCACCCCCGAUCAACGCAGCACCACCACCGGGACCUGCAUCGAUGGGACGCACAACCAAGCCGCCCACACCAGGGGUACAGCGGCCACAGCCCGCCAGAAAGAAUCCGGACACUUGCGGGGAGUUCGCGCAGCCAACGCGCCUCACUCAGGCGUCCGUAGCUCUGCCGCGUCGCUUGUACGAUUGCAAAUCUCGACCCCUUGGCACUAUACCGUACGGGCAGUAUCGCAGACAGUGGCAUAGUCAAUCCUGGACGGUUAUCCUGCCAGUUAGUGAGGCCAAUCGGCCAGGAAUGAACAACCGCCUAGCCUGGACAGCGUCGAUCGCAUUCAGCGAACCUGUUCAGGUUGGUCGAGUGAACAAGGGUCGCUACGAAAACAAUCCCAGUGGGCUGUAUAGUGUCACGCACAACUUCAGUGGCCUGGCCUCGUUCUCCAUGUUCGGCGGAUUCCGUGCGCCGCUGCUUGACUUCAGCUACGAGUUCUUUGCCGACAAGCUGCUGGCAGUGCUGCACCCAGUGCCUAUGGUGCGAUCAGUGCGCGUGUCCUGCGAUGCCUGCGCCACCACGUUCAGGCUGGAGCCGGUCGGUGCUGGUGCCCGGGUCGGUGGCCCCGGCGCGGUGCCCGCUGUGGCGCCCGCGGGACGGCGCACCGACUCGGCACGGGGCCGAAACGCCCCUCAGUUCCGGAACAUGGCGCCCGGCGUGGUGUUCGAGCCUGCAGGCCGGGGAAACGAGCAGCAAAACCAAGGACCUGAUGCCGCUAUGAUCGCUGGAGUCAUUAUAGGUGCGCUGGUCUUGGCUGGCGUAGGACUCAUCGUUGUGUACGUAUGGUGGAAGAGACGAGUGCGAUCCAAUCAGAGGAAACACCAGGAGAGUAUGAUAUCGGACCGGCGCCAACAGCAGAUGAAACCGCAUCUGGUCACGACCGGUGUUGACGGUGGCGCAGGCACACACGCAAACACCAUGGAUCGCAAGCCGACGUUCCGCGAUGUCUCGCCGGCAAAGCCCGUCACGGAGUACGACUCGCACACCGUGCCCCUGACGUCUUCGGGCAAGUACGACCCCAUACCCCCACAGGCCGCCGCCGCGCCAAUGACAUCAUCAGGCAACUACGCUCCAAUAGGCUCACAUGCCACCGAGCCGAUGACAUCAUCGGGCCAGUACGACCCCACACCAACUGCAACCACACGACUAACAACCACGUCGUCGUCAAUGCCGCCGAAGGACUCAUAUAAUUCACUGCAGCUCACCGUAAGCAGUCGGCCUGCAACACAACCAAGUUUCAACUACGAGGCCGAGCUAUACCAGAAUCACAUGCCCGAUGAAGACCCAGACGAAGUAGAGAACGCUCUACAGCCGGGCCCUGGAGUCAUCGCCGAACUCUCCUCUGAGCUAUACAUGCGUCAGAAGUUCGCCAGGCAGCGCGAUGACGAAUCGUUCAUCGCACCGCGUCAAAGAACCUCAACAAUAUCCGCCGACAUGAAGCCACUCUCCAUCAAGAGCACAGGCAGGUCGACGAGAGACGCUAAACCAGAUAGGCCACCGAGAAACUCUGACAAUCUCAGCUCGUCGUCGCGGAUGUCUUCGCUGAAGAAGUUCGUUCAGCGCCUGCCACCAGAGGGUGUAGCAGCGCUGAAUCAGCUCCAGAGACCCAAGACGCCAGUCAGUGAGAAUCCAUUAGAUCGUGAUGGGUACAUCAUACCUGAUGUCAAGUCUCCCAGUGUGCACAAUGCCAGUAUGUCAAUAGGAGGACACAAUGGACUCACCAGCUCACCAAGCUCACCUCGACCAGCCUUACCUAGGAAACCAGACGGGGACCGUCCUCCUAGUCGCCUUGGAAACAACAGUAGAGAUGCGAUGGAUAUGGAGGACGAGGAAGUGUACGAGGCAGGUUUCGACCGGCCCGAUCUGCCGCCGAGAACUCUCGCUGUGCGCCCGCAGUCAUCAUCCAGGAGACGUCCCAGUCCGCCUCCGAUACCAUCGCCACAUCGCAAUCGGACCGACACGGAGUCUACGACGAUGUCACGAAGGGGAACGCUUCAGCCAGCGUCGCGCACACAGACCCAGAGCACAUUAGACAGCGGUUUUGACGAUAGCAAUAGUGCACUCACUCCGCGACAACAGAGGAAACGCAGUCGUUCCUCCGAUGUGAUGAGUACCGCAGACAGCCUCGACGAUUACCAGAAUCCAUUGGACGCACGGACUAGAGGCGACGGAGGCCCAAAUACCGAAGAGCAACAGCCAUACGAAAAUGUGAGCUUCCGGGGAGACUCGAGUGGCGAUAAUGCGAGCCGCCAUGACUAUGUCGAACCUCUGGACAAACUCUCCGUCAACGAGCCGAGCAGUUCUCUAGGCCAGAUUCGCAGUGAGCGAAUGAGUGGCAUCAUACUGAGUUUUGAUGACGACCCACAAGCGUACAGUGAGGUGGAGAUGGAUGAGCCUUCGCCCGACUCUCCUUCGCCUGCCCCACUACGACCUGCUUCAGCCCCUCUGCCUAGGGCCAAGCCGCCCAAACCGGCGAAGAGUAGCAAAGUUCUGAGGAAAGGAGGCGGAAAGAAACCCACCGCUCGCGUACAAUCCAGCAAACUGGAGGCUUCGAUGCCUGCAGACUCCCAGGCCGAUCAAAGUUUUGAUAUGGACAUCGUUUAUGACAACGUUAGCGAACUGGGAAGCGAGACCGAUUGUCCAGAUUACGAAAUGACAGGGAAGCCAGCGUCGCUUGCCAAUCAAAAGGACAUCGACGGUAUUUACACGUAUGCGGGGUUGCCCAGAACGCGGCUGGAUCACGUCCGACAGCAGAAGCAAAGGCCGCGAACUGCCGUGUCCGCCAUGACAUCACUCCGAAAAAAGAAACAUGUUGGCCCGGAAAGUCAGUAAGAUUUUGGAAAGUGCUGGUUUGUCUUUGUUCGAUUCUCUCUGGCCAUGUGUUGUUUACCAAAAUAAUUGCCGGCAUUGGACGUGAGUCAUACGCAGGCUCGAACACUAGGUUGAUUAGGCAGAGUUCAAUUCCUUUCACGGAUAUUAUUCUGCAUAAUUAUGUCUUGUGAACUUUAAACACAGCUUUGAACUCGACUCUCGCGAUCUCGAUCACUGGAUCUUAUGCAAUCACAACAGAUCACGUUCACACUCACACUUGUAGUAUGCAUUUCACACUACUUCGAAGUCUACACGUUGCAGGAGCAUCCAGACGAACUCAAACGUGCUCCGUUGUACAGUCUCUCUGAUCUUAUUCUUGUCUCCCCCCCCCCCCCC